AUGGCUAGCAUGUUGACACGAAAAGUGUGGGUCAAGAGACCCAAUGCCUCGCCUACUAUGGUCACUGUGCGCGAAGAUGAUCUGAUCGACGACGUGAGAGAUCUUGUCAUGAGAAAAUAUGGCAAUUCGCUGGGCAGGACUUACGACUCACCUGACCUUGUCCUGCGCAUCGUCAGCAGACCAGAUGAGAAUGGGAAGCGUGCCCCUGAGCGUAUCCUCAGCCCAGAUGAGGAUGUCUGUCGUACCUUGGACUCGUAUUAUGCCGGUGGUCAAACAGCAGAGGAAGCCCUCCUCAUUGAAACUCCUGCGCGUCGCACUCCUCGCCCAUCUCCUCGUAUAUACCAUGGUGCUUCAUAUGCUGCUUUGGACGACUACCGACCUGCAGAGACGGGUACCGACUAUUUCCCUCCUAUGCCCGCAGUUCAGCUUCCCCCGAAUGUGCCUGGUCAAGCGCCUGUGCAACAGACACUACACCCCGACCCGCCUCGCUCAAUCGCUGUACUGAACACUGGCCAGAUUCCUGUCUUGCCGUCGCCGGGUAGUGUCCGCCGUCACCGCGAUCCUCGUGAUCCUCGCCCCAAGUUCAAUCGUCAACACACUUCCUCUCCAACUAUCAUGACACAUAACCCUCCAGCUACAUCCAUGCCUCUUAAUGCAUCCAACCUAGCUAUUUCUCAACACAUGCCUACAAUCCGGCAGACUCGCCCAAGAGCCGGAUCAAGCGUUUCUGAACAGCAAGGCCACGCCCCACCCGCACCAUCUCUCCCAACACCUCCUGCCACAGAUGCUGUGCCUUCCGGCAGCACCCCACCUACUCCGGCUUCUCAAAACCAAACCACGCUGAAGCCUGCCCGUCCUAGGCGUCAAAGGAAGCUCACACCCACCGACGGCACGCCGACAGUCAAAUCUCCCAACACUGCCGCAAAGACACCUCUUCCUCCUUCGCUGCUGGAUGGCGCAGUCCCUCCCAUCAACGUACUGAUCGUAGAGGACAACAUUAUCAACUUGAGACUUCUGGAGGCGUUCAUGAAGCGUUUGAAAGUAAGAUGGAGCACAGCUCUCAACGGUCAGAUUGCUGUCAACAAAUGGCGAACUGGCGGCUUCCAUUUGGUGCUUAUGGAUAUUCAAAUGCCCAUUAUGAACGGUCUGGAAGCAACAAAAGAGAUUCGUCGUCUUGAAAGAGCGAAUGGAAUUGGUGUCUUCAGUACCGCCUCCACUCCUGCUCCAUACUCUGAUAAAAGCAGGGAGCAGGAACCCGAGCCCGAAGAGAAGAAGGAUGAUGACAAGCUUGGUUCUGACGGCGGCCUAUUUAAGAGCCCGGUCAUCAUUGUCGCGCUUACUGCAAGUAGUUUGCAGAGCGACAGACACGAAGCUCUGGCUGCUGGAUGCAACGAUUUCUUGACAAAGCCCGUUAACUUCGUUUGGCUUGAACGCAAGGUCAAGGAAUGGGGUUGCAUGCAAGCUCUUAUUGACUUUGACGGCUGGCGCAAGUGGAAAGACUUCGAUGCU